GAAGUGCGAAGCCAGACAACUUCUCCCCAAGUCUCCCAAACACGUCUGCUUUGUCCCGGUUAGCAGUCUCGGGUCAGGCCGUCCUCCCCGGUACCAGACCCCCUGACACCCUCAGGUCGGACUCCAGCGGAAUUAAAGAGGCGCACAGCUAUGGGCUCCAUAUUUCGCAGCGAGGAGGUGUGCCUGGUGCAGCUCUUUCUUCAGUCCGGCUCGGCCUAUAAUUGUGUCAGUGAGCUGGGAGAGUUGGGCCUGGUUGAGUUCAGAGACUUAAAUCCCAGUGUGAACGCCUUUCAGAGGAAGUUUGUCAGCGAAGUCAGAAGAUGCGAGGAUCUCGAAAAAACUUUCCACUUCCUGGAGCAGGAGAUCAUUCGCUCCCUAUCACCACCCUUGAAGGGUCCACUCCCUCCGCCGUGUCCCACACCUUCAGCCCCUCAGCCCCGUGAACUCAUCACCAUAGAGGAGGAAAGCGAGCGGCUCGCCAGAGAGCUCAAAGAGGUGUCCAGGAACAGAGACAGCCUUAGGGCUCAGCUGACGCAGCUCUCUCAGUACCAAGGAGUCCUGACCAGAACUCACUCUCUCACAGCGUCACACGUACCACCAGCUGCAGUGGAGAGCCAAGGUCUGUUUGAUAACCGCCAAGAUGUCCGCCUCAGUUUUGUGGCAGGAGUGGUCCAUCCCUGGAAGGUCCCAUCCUUUGAACGACUGUUAUGGCGGGCGUGUCGUGGUUACAUUAUCGUGGAUUUUACAGAGAUGGAGGAUCGACUUGAGCACCCGGACACGGGGGAAAUGGUGCAAUGGACCGUGUUCCUCAUUUCCUACUGGGGAGACCAGAUUGGGCAGAAAGUCAAGAAGAUCUGUGAUUGCUUCCGCACUGUGACAUUUGCAUACCCCGAGAGCUCCGCUGAGAGAGAAGAGGUUCUUCAGGGACUUCAAGCGAGAAUUGAGGACAUCAAAUCAGUGUUGUCACAGACCGAAAACUUCCUGCAGCAGCUGCUGAUGAGGGCGGUGGCCGUUCUGCCCCAGUGGAAGGUGCGAGUCCAGAAAUGCAAGGCGAUCCAGGCGGUCCUGAAUCUCUGCAGCCCCUCUGUCACUGAAAAAUGCCUGAUCGCUGAGGCGUGGUGUCCCACUGCCAAGCUGCCUGAACUGCAGAGUGCGCUGAGAGAGGGAGGGAGGAAAAGCGGCAGCAGUGUUGACUCUUUCUACAACCGCUUGCCUUCCUCUAGCCCUCCACCUACUCUGUUUCCCCUCAACUCCUUCACAGAAGGUUUCCAGAACAUUGUUGAUGCCUACGGUGUGGCCAGCUACCGUGAAGUCAAUCCAGCACUGUUCACCAUAAUUACGUUCCCCUUCCUGUUUGCGGUGAUGUUUGGUGACGUGGGUCAUGGCUUACUGAUGGCUCUGGCUGCUCUCUGGAUGAUCCUCGAGGAGAAGGAUCCCAAACUCAGAAACAACAACAAUGAGAUCUGGAGGAUGAUGUUUGGAGGAAGGUAUCUGAUUCUGCUGAUGGGUCUGUUCUCCAUCUACACCGGAGCCAUUUACAACGAGUGCUUCAGCAAAGGCCUCACUACCUUCAGCUCAGCCUGGCAUGUCGGCCCAAUGUUUGAAAAAAACAUAUGGAAUUCAUCAGUGCUGGCAGGGAGCCAGUACUUGUCCAUGGAUCCUGUUGUACCUGGUGUUUACACAAGCCCCUACCCAUUUGGCAUUGACCCCGUCUGGGGGAUGGCGAACAACAAACUAAGUUUCCUAAACUCAUACAAAAUGAAGAUGUCAGUCAUCAUUGGUAUUAUUCACAUGACUUUCGGAGUCUGCUUGUCAUUCUUCAACUACUGGCACUUUCGCAAGUACAGCAGUGUGCUCUUUGUGCUGAUCCCAGAGCUCUUCUUCAUGCUGUGUCUGUUUGGCUACCUGGUGUUCAUGGUGGUCUACAAGUGGAUUGCCUACACUUCUGUCCAGUCCAGAAGCGCUCCCAGUAUACUUAUCCACUUCAUAGACAUGUUCCUCUUCACAGAAAAUGCUGAAAACCCUCCUCUUUAUCAAGGACAGGGUAUAGUGCAGAAGGUCCUGGUGGUGCUGGCUCUGUGUUCUGUCCCAGUCCUCCUCCUUGGGAAGCCCCUGUAUGAAUACAUCAUAUUCAGGAAAAGACGACAUCAAGUACAUCAGGAUGAAGACAGACGUCCCCUGGUGGCUGACGAAAGCGCCAUCAAUUUUCAACAGGGGGAGGUAGAAGGAAGAGCUGCAGCAGAAGAGGAGUUUGAUGUUGCAAAUGUGUUCAUGCAUCAAGCCAUCCACACCAUAGAGUACUGCUUGGGCUGCAUUUCCAACACAGCCUCCUACCUCCGACUCUGGGCUCUCAGCCUGGCACAUGCACAGCUGUCAGAGGUGCUGUGGGAGAUGGUCAUGCGUAAGGCGCUGACGUGGCAGGGUUACGUGGGAGCUGUAGUCCUAUUUGUGAUUUUUGCCUUCUUUGCGGUGUUGACCAUCUCCAUCCUUCUGGUUAUGGAGGGGCUCUCAGCUUUCUUGCACGCGCUCCGUCUGCACUGGGUGGAGUUUCAGAACAAGUUCUACAGUGGAGAUGGCUACAAACUCAGCCCUUUCGCCUUCUCAUCUAUAAUAAAUGCAUCAAACCCUAUAUGAUCAGCCAGCUGAUUAUUCCGGGUUCCCAGACAAGUUAAUUUGUGUGUGUCUAUGAAUCAAAACGACCCUGUCUUAAUAAACGGUACUCAGAUUUUUGUUAGCUUUGGCUAUGAAACGGUUUAAUUAACUUGCACAAUGAUCAGCGAAUGAUGAAUGAUAUGCUGUAAUUUUUGCAUCAGUAGAAUGACUCCCUAUACAGUAUAUUUAUGAAUUUACCACUAUAUCAUAUAUGAAGCAUGUUUUGUAUCCCCAUGCCUUUUUUUCCCCCGAAGUGUUAAUGAACUGCUUUCUAAUUACUCUUUCAGUAGUUUAGAAAUAAUCAGGUAUCAUGUACUUUUCACUCUGUCAGCAUUUAUUAUAAGCAUCAAUUGUCAAAAGGGAAAGUACACUAAUUAAUGGGUUUGUUCUGCAGCUUAAGGGAAUGUUUAAUUUUUUUAGCCUGACAUAUUGACGUGUAAACCAGUCCUAGAAUUCUUCAAAUGAUGAUCUGAGUGAUUUUUAUGAGCCAAAGAUGCUUUCCUCUAUUGCCACGUCUUCCAGGAACACCACACCACAAGUAUUUAUUGAUAGCUGCAUUUUUCUCUGGUGCCUUACUAGGACUGUUUGUUUAUGCAUUAUGUGUUAUGGACAGAUCGUACCUUCUGUUGUUAUUGCAGCACUUUACAAUACACUGCAAUGGCAUGAUUUUUUUUCCCCCACCUUGUUUACACUGUAAAAUUGCAGUUUUCAACUGAAAUUAAAUAGUAUUUGAGUUUUA